AUGGAGCCGCGUUGUGCAAGACAAGAGACUGUCCUCUCCUACCAGGAGUUUCUUGAUAACUACCUCCUGCCCAACAUACCCGUCAUCCUUGGCCCGGCUCUUGUCCAGGACUGGAGCGCGAUUCGAAAAUGGAGGAGAGAUGGCACCAUCGACUGGGACCAUCUCAGCGCCGUGUACGGCGACUCCGAAGUCACCGUCGCCAACUGCUCCACCCGCGACUUCAGUGACCAGCAGCGCGAACUCAUGCUCUUUCGCGAUGUCGUCUCCCUCUGGCAGAGCGGGGCGGGCGAGGACCUCUACGUCAAGGACUGGCACCUCGCCCGCCAGCUCGCCGCUCCAUCUGGCCCCGCCCUGGCCCCCGAGCUCAGCUCGCGAGCGCAAGGCUCCUCGGAACCGUUCUACACCACCCCGGCCAUCUUCCGCGACGACUGGAUGAACGCCUACUAUGCCGCACACACCGCCGACGACUUCCGCUUCGUCUACGCCGGCCCCGCCGGCACCUUCACCCCGCUCCACCGCGACGUCUACGCCUCCUACUCGUGGUCAACCAACGUCGCCGGCCGCAAGCGCUGGUGGCUCUUCCCGCCCGUGCAGACCCCGCUGCUCUUCAGGAAAGGGCGCGAGGCGCACGCCGAGGUCGCCUUCGACGUGCGCGACGUCGACCCGGAGGAGUUUCCCGGCUUCAAGCACGCGAGGCCCGUCAUCGUCGAGCAGGGCCCGGGGGAGACCAUCUUCGUGCCGAGCGGAUGGCACCACCAGGUCGAGAACCUAACCAACUGCCUCUCGAUCAACCACAACUGGUGCAACUCGGUGAACCUACCCACGCUCUACCGCGCGAUGUGCGCGAAGGUGGACGAGGUGGAGCAGGCCCUGGAGGACGUGCGGGAGCUCUUGCUGCGGACUUCGGCGGACGCGGAGGCUGGGGCGGACUCGAUUGGGGCGAUCGCGGGCUGGCGACGCGAGUGGACCACGAUCGUGCAGGACGUCGUCGAGAAGGACGCCGGAUGGCACUGGACGACGUUUUGGAAGAUGGUUCGCCAUGCGCUCUCACUUGAAGUAGGCCGUCCGUGUCCUGUCAGGGAAGACCUCUGGCCUGUCACGCCGGACGUUUUGACACCCCCCAUCGAGUUCAUCAGGAUGCGCAUACAGGCAUGUGCCGACGACUUCCUCAAGCGUGAGCAACGCGAGGUGGAUCAUGUCGCCGGGUUAUCCGAGGUCCUUUCAGACAUCCAAGAUAUGCUCAGGGCUCCGCAAGAGUAG